CGUUAUUUCUUCUUAUUUUUCGAGAGGAUAAAUCAUAUAUCUUUGGGAUUUUUGAAGCAUGAAUUUGAGUAGUCUGCUACUCCCUCCAAUUCCCCCAAUCUGGGUCUAUAAGGGUUCAAUUCGUUCAACCUCUCCACGCCCCUUUCAAAUUCCAAUAGCUUGCAUUCAGAACUCCGACGGAAAAUCCUUUCUUCUGUCCAAUCUCAUCUCCUUAGCCGUCGCUGUAACUCUAAAUUCUCCUUUACCUUCCCUGGCAAUUCCCUCACUGAACUCUCAGACUCCACUUCUCCCUUCCACCACUCCCUUCUCACAGUCUAAGAACUUAGAGAUUGGACUAGAAGAUGGGAAAAUCAGGCCAUGCCCCUCCAUAAAUCCGGGUUGCAUAUCGACAAAUCCCAAGUCAUCAUCUUUUGCAUUCCCAUGGGUGAUUCCUGCUAAUGCUUCAGAGAAUGCAGUUGAGAAGUUGCAGGAAGCUAUCUUGAAAACCCAGAAAAAUGCGAAGAUUCAGACUAUUGAAAAUACCCCAGACGGCCAAUACCUACGAGCAGAGGUUGAUGGGGAUUUCGGCCGGCCCCGGGAUGUGCUAGAAUUUCUGGUGAAAGGAGAUGUAGUUGCUUACAGAUGCAUGGCCACAAAAGUAACUUAUGUGUACCCUUUCACCACUGCCAUAGGGGAUUCCAAGGGACAGCAGGAAAGAUUGAAGAACAUCAUGGAUCAGCUGGGGUGGUACGCGCCCAGUUUCGAUUCUAUGGAUUGAUGUUUCGUUAUCUUAUGCUCAUAGUUUGUUAUUUCUGUCACUCUCUGUUUUUGGGUUCCAUUUGGCAGUUCCGUUGGAUUACUGUCAUCUUGAAACGAAUUGAGUUGUCGAUGACAAUAUUCCAGUUGAAAUAACAGUGCCAAGUGCUUAUUGGCAAUACUGUACAUUAUUUGGUUGAAGCUACAAUUAGAUGUAGCUCUAAAUUCUAAUUGGGCAACAUUCACAAUUCUGCUUACGAAACCCUUGCACAUUUUGGGGUGUCUGGGACAGUGGUGAUGUGUUGUCUUGAUCAAUACAAAUUAUUUGUGAGAAA